GCCCAUCUGUCUGGGUGCUGCGUUGUAUGUGAGGCGAAGGAAAUUGCGGGUGUUGGUUGUAUAUUUCUGUGUACGUUGUCAAGUUUGCAUCGGGGUGGCGAGUAGGUUAUAGCAUCCUCCGCAAUGAGGUUCCUAGUUUUAGCAUUCGCGUUUUUAGCGUUUUCGGAAGUUAAUAGUGAAGUUUACUAUGAAGAGAAGUUUGCUGACGAUUCGUGGGAAAGCAAUUGGGUGUACUCGGAGCAUCCGGGAAAGGAGUUCGGCAAGUUCGUCCGUAGUGCCGGCAAGUUCUUCAAUGACCCCGAAGAAGAUAAAGGUAUCCAGACAUCUCAAGACGCGAGGUUCUAUGCACUAUCCACGAAGUUCAAGCCAUUUAGUAGUAAAGAAAAGCCGCUGGUUAUACAAUUUACAGUGAAGCAUGAACAGAAUAUAGACUGUGGCGGAGGAUACCUUAAAGUUUUUGACUGUGGUUUGGACCAGAAAGACAUGCACGGUGACUCACCGUACCUUCUUAUGUUUGGUCCUGACAUUUGUGGCCCUGGUACUAAGAAAGUUCAUGUAAUCUUUAAUUACAAAGGAAAGAACUUGCUAAUCAACAAGGAAAUAAGAUGCAAGGAUGAUGUUUACACACAUUUAUACACUUUGGUGGUUAAGCCUGACAACACAUAUGAGGUGUUGAUAGACAAUGAGAAAGUGGAGUCUGGAGAACUAGAAGCAGACUGGAACUUUCUGCCGCCUAAGAAGAUAAAGGAUCCAGAAGCAAAGAAACCAGCAGACUGGGAUGAUCGUCCUACUAUUGAUGACCCUGAUGACAAGAAACCAGACGAUUGGGACAAGCCAGAGCAUAUUCCUGACCCUGAUGCCAGUAAGCCAGAAGAUUGGGAUGAUGAAAUGGAUGGUGAAUGGGAACCCCCUAUGAUUGACAACCCAGACUUCAAGGGUGAAUGGAAACCUAAGCAAAUUGAUAAUCCUAAUUACAAGGGGCCUUGGAUUCAUCCUGAAAUUGACAACCCUGAAUAUUCACCAGACCCAGAACUAUAUUUGAAGAAUGAGGUUUGUGCUAUUGGUUUUGACUUGUGGCAAGUAAAAUCGGGAACUAUUUUUGAUAACAUUCUGAUAACUGAUGAUCCAGACCACGCUAAACAAGUGGGAGAAGAAUUGUGGAGGCCCAGAUCUGCUGGUGAAAAGAAAAUGAAAGAGCAACAGGAUGAAGAGGAAAGGAAAAAGAGAGAAGAGGAGGAAAAGUCUUCCAAAAAGGAUGAAGAAGAUGACGAGGAUGAAGAUGAGAAUGAGGAUGAAGAUGACGAUGAAACGAGUGAUCCUCCAGAAUCUGGUGAAGAGGACUCGCACACUCAUGAUGAGUUUUAAUUGAAGUUGCAAAGACUAUUUCAGCAAAAGUUUUUCUAUUACUGACAGCUUGAUAUGCAACUUAGAAAAGAUGUGAUCUUUUUUUCUGAUGAAGUGGAGGAAGAAGACUGCUAGUGACAAAUAUUGACUGUUAUUAAACAUUAAUUCCAUGGAAGUAAUAGUGAGUCAGUUGUGUAAAGUUGUGAUUGAAAGUUGUGUUCUAAUGCAUUCAGCAGGUAGUGUGAUAUAGGUGACAUACUAAUAUUCAUUGAAUAAUUGUGUAAACAAUCUGCAAAUACAUCUUUGUAUCAUUUUUAAUAAAUGUGAUCAUUCAGUUUCCUACAAAUUUAACAGUAUGUGAAGAGCAUUUCUCAAAAUCAAGCUUCGUUCAUGCUGAGGUCAAUUCAGAAGUAUUAUGUUGGCAUAUUAGAAUUAUUUAUUUCUUUUUGGUACUGCAGUUGUGAACAUUUUGUUUAAAGGUGUUAAGAGUUGUGAAUUGUGUAGUUAUUGAAAUGGAUAAGCAAUAAUUUCACAACUAUGUCAUUUGUGAAUAGCAUAUCAUUAGUGGGUUGAGUUUGUUAUGGCCGUCUGAUGUUGUUGUUUUAAAUAUGUUUUUGUACUAUUUUUUGUGUGUGUGGGUGACUUCUCAUAUGUUUUCACUAAGCAGCACAUUCAUUGUCAUGGUUAUGAACACUGUAAUGCCGUAUGUGUGUUUUUGUUAUGGGCUGCCUUUUGAGACACAUUAAACAAAAUUUACUUUCA